ACUAUGCAGUCAGCCUUAGUAAAAAAUGACGAUGUUUCCACCUAAGUUGCCUCUACCGUACCUGCCAACUCUCUGUCAGUCCCUUAGUUCCUUCCGUACUGUUGUCAGCGCUCCGUGCCCCGUGAUGCCGCUGCCCUCCCGCGGGUUGAGAUUUACUAGCCUAAGGUUAGGUAUAUAUGUACAUCCCUCUUCUUACAAUACCUAGUAUUGUGCAGUGCUAUAAGUACAAUACCAUACGUGCCUGAGGCAUCUGGGCGGUUUUUCUUGAAUGCUUAAUACCUAUUACUUAACGUUCACGCUCUUUCACUUAUUCCAUUUCAUUUUAUCGCAUUCAUCUCCUUAGCUGCGAUUUUUCUUUUUUCUCUCUUUUCAAAUAAAUCAUUAACAUUAAUUCAUUUUCACGACGCCACCACCACUCAUUCUCUAGAUACCUACCUAGAUACCCAAGAGAUAAUUCAUCAAACACUUACAACUUAUCCUCCACCGAAGCCCAUCACCUUCACCAUGGGCGGCCAGGCUUUUGCAUCGGCACUCUAUACACCACGAAUGCCUCCUGCGGUUUAUGAGCAUGUGAUUAAGUAUUGUCAUGCCAAGCUCAGGGAGAUAUACGUUGUGGUUGCCUCUCCUAUUCCUGUGCCCGCCAAAAAAGACUAUGGCGACAUUGAUGUCUUUGUCGCAUGGGAGAAAAAUAGUACAUUUCCCACUCCGCGCCGACCUAAUGGCUACCCACGUCGACUGUCUAUGCCAGUUGAAAAUUCACUUGAUGUUGCUGCCCGUCUUCUCAAGUCUGAGAAAACGAUUAAACAGCUGAACACGAAUGCCAUGUUGGCUAUCCCAUGGCCAAAAGACGUACCGGGCCAGACGCCAACACAUGAAGCCCCAGAUAAUCAAACUCCAAAGCAUAUCCAGGUUGACCUUCACUUAUGCGAGUCCCUAGAGAAGGUUCACUGGAUGCUGUUCAAGCAAUGCCAUGGAGACAUCUGGAAUAUUCUCGGAAGUGUAAUCCGCCCAUUCGGCCUCACCAUGGAUGAAGUUGGCCUACAUAUACGCAUUCCCGAAAUAGAACACCUCGACCGCAAGAAAGCCAAGAUCUUGCUCACCUCGGACGCUUCCGAGAUCCUGAACUUUCUGGGCCUAGAGUACACCACAGGUUCAUGGGAAAAGCCAUUUGCUUCGGUCGCAGAACUAUACGAGUAUAUAGCCACUUGCCGACUCUUCUGGGUGCACCCUCCCAAGGAUGCUAGUGACGAUUUCGAAACCGUCCCUAUGAACGAGAACGGCGACGUUGACACUAGUAAGAUGAAGUCCAAGGAGCGCCAGCGGAUGAACUCACGACCGCUUGUCCGCAACUUUUUCACAGAGUUCAUCCCAGCAUGCCGGGCGACAGGCCGAUUCUUGAUACCGAAGACGACUAGGGACUCAGUGCGCGAGGAGGCAUUCCAGACAUUCAUCGGCGUGCAAGUUGCUUACGAGAAGCGCAUCAUUGAAUUUCGCAAGGAGUGCCAACAAAAGGACUUCAAUCGCCUCGUUAUCAAGACCACCAUCCCCGAAGGAUGGGGCGACGAGAAGAAAAAAGGAGCGCGAUCCGUUGCCGCAACUGCGUUCAAGAAAAUCAUCAUGUCGAAUGACUACAGCUUGGGUGUCCGGCCAUCUGUCCCCCUGCGCGAUCGCCAUGGUAUCAUUGACGAGGACCGAGCCAAGCAAUUCAUCCUGGACACUUAUGAAGAGGUUGCCGACAAGGCUAUGCGUGCGAGCCAGAAGGCCUACAAUGAGCAUGUGGCGAAGAAGCGAGCUGAAAAGCUGCUAGCUGAGCAGAAACUUGUAGCUGAGCAGAAGGAGGCGGUUGAUGACGAAGCAGAAAAGGAUUCAGUUAAUACUCCUACCCAGAAGAAUGCAGCUACCCAGACGGAAGCGACUGAUACUCCUGCCCAGGAGAACUAGGAUACUAUUCCAAAAGAACUAUAGUUCUCUACUUCGCGCCCGACUACCUAGGGAUUCAAACAUCUGUCUCCCUGCACUACAGUUGCCUCGGAUAAAAUCGACUCUUUAAGAAAGAACAUCGUUGACUGAACAACGUUAAUGAGAACGAAGAUACUUCUAUAUAUAGAAGGUUGGGGUAUAUCCUCAUAAACGAUGAAGAGGAAUACAUCCGCUGGAAGCUCAGGUUAUAUAGGCGUGAGGGAUAAGGAUAUCGGAUUGGGCUGGCGUACUUAUACGUAUAAAGGUUCUUGCGGAUGGGUGGUUUCCCGCUACGGUAGGCAUAUAGUACCUACCUACCUACUAUAUAGUAGGUGCGUUUCUAAUGUUGAAACGGAGAGUGGUCCUUGCCAUAAAGGCAGGGCUCUUAGGUUAAGGAGUCGGUGGGCUAAAAUAUGGCCCGUGAAGGAAGGAUGAACUUCCGAAUGAUACCCUCUACGAAAAUACUAGGAAAUAGUCGGUUAGAAUAUGAUCGACGAAGGAGAUACAAACUCCUGAUGGAUACCCUCUAAGGAAAGACUUAGGUUAAUACAAGGCAUAAGAUG